AUAUGACUGUCAAAGGCUAUGGGUUGCAUUUGAGCAGGCCUAUGUGAACAAGGAUCCAUGUAACGUUCCAGUGCAAGCUUAUGAUCCUCUGAUUGCCGCAGCCCCCUUCAAACCUCAGUGCAACAAAAUGAUGUUCUGGAGCAAAACCAAGGUUGUGGUCCAUGGUUUCACUGAGAAGAGAAAAGAUUGUUUUGUCACUUUGGAGGACACUGUGUUGGGAUAUGCCCUGAAUGGUCUGACCUGGUGUGGAAAAAAAGGCAGCAACGGUACCUUCACUACUGGUUGCCCAAGAAAUUGUGAAAACAACCCUGUUGACUCAUUUUGGAUUCGUGCCUCUGCUGCUUAUGCAGAUGUUGCCUGUGGUGAUGUCACGGCAAUGCUAAGCGGGUCCACCAUCACACCAUUCGAUCCUACAAGUACUUUUGCAAAAGUUGAGGUGACGAGGUUUAAAGCCCCUAAGGUCAGGAGCCUGAAUGUUGUUAUGGUCAUACAGAAGAAUGCCAAAUCAAACUGCAAAAACGCAUCCCUGCAGAAAUUAAAGAAAGCGCUGCAUACAGGGAUAACAUACAGCUGCAAAGACGUGCCUGAAUCUCGGAUUCAAGAAUGCGGCUCCAAACCACAGAUAGCAUGUAAAACCUGCUGGUGAACAAGUCUGAUUAUAUCAGACACAACAUAGUAGCAUUCAGCCACAGAAACCUUUCUCUUGUUUCCUUUUCAAUUUUUAAAUAA